AUGACAACCGUCGAUGCCACCUGGGUUGAGCGUACCACAGAAAAAGCAGUAGAUGAGGCUCCUGGACUCGCCGGCAAAGUUGACAGCGGAAAGGUCCACGGAGACCCUCAUCCAACGCCUAAAACCGGGGACCCAUUUCCUGCGUCGAUCUCUCUUGGCAUAAAUGACAUUGAGGGACAGAACCGUGUUGUACUCGCAUGUUUAUCCCGACGGUAUUGUCAAGUUUUCGAAGACAUAUGGCGAGGUCAAAGUCGACGCCGACCCGAACGCUCCGAAGGAGGACAGUGCUUCGAAGUAAUUGUCAAAUGA